AUGCAAUUUCCCCCUUGUGUGAAUUGUAAAAUGGUGGAAGCUUUAAUUAGCGAUUAUUCAAUAAAUUCGUUACUUUAUCACUUACACAAUACCGGCUUCAUCCGAAUUCGAGUAGGCCCAGAGACUCCCAAAUUUGGCGAUUUAUUGAAAACAACUUGUGGGGAAAGUGAAGAUGAGGGGGGUGAUACAGAAUUAGAAGACCAUGGAGUGGAAACUGAGGAAGGCGAAGGGGCAUCAACUGCUUCACCUGCAAUAAAUGUUGAAGUAAAGAAGAAGGUUGCAGCAAAGAAGUUAAAGUCUUUAAAGCGUUUAAAGAGACAAGAUGCUAGUGAUUUGUCAAGCUUGGGCAUUUGUUUGGGAGAUAUUUUACCUUCUGUUCGAGAGAAAUUUCCAAAUCAACGUGUUUAUAUAAUCAUAAGCACAGAACGAGCGCCAUCAGUGCAGCUUAGUGGAGCGAAUGGGGGAACAGCCUUAAUUAAUGCUGUACUCAAUGCCGAGUUCCAUAUAGAAUCGUCAAAUGCCGUAGCUGGGACAAUUAGAAUAGAUGCUUCUCUUAUUGUUACAAUUAAUGGCCAAGGAAAUAGAAUAUCUGCACAUGCAAACAUUACUAGGUUAAAUCUUCAGGAUGUAGGAAAUCAGUUGGGAUUGCCUCAAGAUGCACUCGACAACCUGGGAACUUUGGGAAAGGAUAUUCUUCUUAAGGCCGCUAACGACGCUUUGGAGAAAGGCACAAAGUUGAAUAUCCCUGCAAACAUUGCUGGAUUGCCUAUUACAAUAGUCAACCCAAGUAUACACUUCCUUGAACAUGCCCUUCUUAUCCAAACAGAUUUCACUUUAAAUCCAAAUGCAUUAGGCGGAUACGAGCCCUGUCCGUCUACUAGAACAUGUUGCUAAAGAU